AUGCAGAUUUUCGUCAAAACCCUCACCGGUAAGACCAUCACCUUGGAGGUGGAGUCUUCCGACACCAUUGACAACGUCAAGUCCAAGAUCCAAGACAAGGAGGGAAUCCCACCAGACCAGCAACGUCUUAUCUUUGCCGGUAAGCAAUUGGAGGAUGGCAGAACCCUUUCUGACUACAACAUCCAGAAGGAGUCCACUCUUCACUUGGUCCUCAGAUUGAGAGGUGGUGGAAAGAAGAGAAAGAAGAAGGUUUACACCACCCCAAAGAAGAUCAAGCACAAGCACAAGAAGGUCAAGCUCGCUGUCUUGAACUACUACAAGGUUGACAACGAUGGAAAGGUCGAGAGACUUAGAAAGGAAUGUCCAACCGCCACUUGUGGUGCUGGUGUCUUCAUGGCCAAGAUGACCGACAGACACUACUGUGGUAAGUGUCACACCUCUUACAAGUUGAACUAG